AUGGCUUCGGUACAAGCAAUGCCCGCAUCGCAGCAACAGCCACCAGCCCAGCAGCAGCUGGGCGGCGGCACCAUGUCUGCUGCGAUGAGUAGCCAGCAGAUACAAGAUCUGUUUGCCCGGUAUCAACAGCUGAAGAAGCAGGGUGUCCCACACACAGACCCCGAGUUCAACAGGCUCUCCAACUUUCUGCGCAACGUGCAAGCGCAGCAGAACUACCGCAAGCAGCAGAAGCAACAGCAGAUGCAGAAUGCCGCUACUAAUGGAACAGCAAACCACGUCCCUGGGUCGAACGACCAUAUGCACGGUAAACCGACCCAGCCCGCCUCGGCUGCCCCAGCUGGUCCAACAUUGCCUGCUGCGUCAAACAGCUCUGCAGCCUCCGUGUCCGUUUCGUCUCCAUCCGCCCCCCCAGGCCCCAACGGCGCGUUCUCCUCGCAGCAACUGGCCCUUCUACGGUCUCAACUCACUGCAUACAAGGUUCUGGUCAAGAAUACUGGGGUGCCGCCAAACAUCACGGCCAUGAUCACUGCCGCCCGCCAACAGAGACAAGCUGCCGCUGCCGCCGCCGCUGCAGCAGCAUCAGCGGGAGCAGCCGACCAAGCCGAUCAGACGACGCCCAGUUCUGGAAUCCAGCCUAGCCCGACCGGCAGCCAGCUGAAAGGGUUGUCGAAUGGAAUGGAUGCCUCGCACACGGCUUCGGCUGAGACGGUGACACAGGGAAAGAAGUUCAGGCAGUUCAAGUCACCCUGGGAGAUGGGCCAUGUCCGUGGGAGUAUAACAUACUUCGAUCAUGGCCACCGCGACAUGCGGUACAUCGUCCCAGGGAUCACUCCAGUGGGCAUUGACUUUGAGCAGCUUCGGUCGGAGAGGGAAACCAUAAUCCUCAACCGCAUGAGCACUAGGUACAGUGAGCUGCAGAAGAUCGCCGGCAACAUCGCGCACUGGGAUACCGCUCAAGACGAGCUCAUCCCCGACGAGACACUGAAGCGGAAAGCAAUCAUCGAGAUGAUGAAGAUCCAGCUCUACUCCAAGCAGCGCGCUUUCCGUGAAAAGACUGGCCGUCUGAUGGUGAACUACGACAACCUGGCCAUGACUACCAAUCGAAGCCACUACCGUCGCAUGAAGAAGCAGAACGUGCGCGAGGCGCGCAUCACGGAGAAACUCGAGAAACAGCAGCGCGACGCCCGAGAGCACCGCGAGAAGAAGAAGCACUCGGACUACCUGUCUGCCAUCUUCAACCACCGCGCCGAGAUGCAUUCGACCACCCAGGCACAGCAAUCCAAGAUGACGAAGCUCGGCCGCUGGAUGACCAACCAUCACAGUAAUAUUGAGAAGGAGGAGCAGAAGCGCAUUGAGCGUAACGCCAAGCAGCGUCUGCAGGCCCUGAAAGCCAACGAUGAAGAAGCCUACCUCAAGUUGCUUGACCAAGCCAAGGAUACCCGUAUCACUCACCUCCUGCGGCAGACGGACGGUUUCCUUCACCAGCUAGCCGCUUCGGUCAAGGCCCAGCAACGGCAGGCGGCCGAGCGGUAUGGCGGAGAGGACGUGGCCGAGGAGGAAGAAUCGCAUGGGUCGGACGACGACGAGGAGAGCGCGCGCAAGAUUGACUACUACGCCGUCGCUCACCGUAUCAAGGAGGAGGUGACGGAGCAGGCAAACAUGCUUGUCGGCGGCAAGCUCAAGGAGUACCAGGUCAAGGGUCUCCAGUGGAUGAUCUCUCUGUACAACAACAACCUCAACGGAAUUCUGGCAGACGAGAUGGGUCUCGGCAAGACCAUUCAGACCAUCAGCUUGAUCACGUACCUCAUCGAGCGCAAGCAGCAGCUGGGUCCCUACCUGGUCAUUGUGCCCCUGAGUACCUUGACGAACUGGACGCUGGAGUUCGAGAAGUGGGCUCCCACAGUUAGCAAGGUGGUCUACAAGGGCCCUCCUAACGCAAGAAAGCAGCAGCAGGACAAGAUCCGCCAGGGCAGGUUCCAAGUGCUGCUCACAACCUACGAGUACAUCAUCAAGGACCGGCCGAUUCUCAGCAAGAUCAAGUGGUUUCACAUGAUCAUCGACGAAGGCCACAGGAUGAAGAACAGCAACUCCAAGCUGACGUCGACAAUCCAGCAAUAUUACCAGACCCGCUUCAGACUUAUUCUCACGGGCACACCGCUCCAGAACAACCUAGCGGAGCUAUGGGCCAUGCUGAACUUCACUCUCCCCAACAUCUUCAAAUCGGCCAAGACGUUCGACGAGUGGUUCAACACGCCGUUUGCCAACACGGGUGGGCAGGACAAGAUGGAGCUGACGGAAGAAGAGCAGAUCCUGGUCAUCCGCCGUCUGCACAAGGUUCUCCGCCCGUUCCUGCUGCGUCGUCUCAAGAAGGAUGUCGAAAAGGAUUUGCCAGACAAGACAGAGAAGGUCAUCAAGUGCAAGUUCUCGGCUCUGCAGGCUCGUGUGUACAACCAGAUGGUCAAGCACCAAAAGCUCGUUGUGAGCGAUGGCAAGGGCGGCAAGACGGGUGCGCGUGGUCUGAGCAACAUGAUCAUGCAGCUCCGCAAGCUCUGCAACCAUCCAUUUGUGUUUGACGAGGUUGAGAACCAGAUGAACCCCAGCAACACGAGUAACGAUCUUCUCUGGCGUACGGCUGGCAAGUUCGAGCUGCUGGAUCGAAUCCUGCCAAAGUACAAGGCCACCGGCCAUCGUGUUCUCAUGUUCUUCCAGAUGACGGCCAUCAUGGACAUCAUGGAGGACUUCCUGCGGUUCCGCGGUCUUCUGUAUUUGCGCCUGGAUGGUACUACCAAGUCGGAGGACCGUUCGGAGCUGCUGUUCCAAUUCAACCGGCCCGACUCGCCCUACUUCAUGUUCCUUCUCUCGACCCGCGCUGGUGGCCUGGGUCUGAACCUGCAGACGGCGGACACGGUUAUCAUCUACGACUCGGACUGGAAUCCCCACCAGGAUCUGCAGGCCCAGGACCGUGCCCAUCGUAUCGGGCAGAAGAACGAGGUCCGGAUUCUCCGGCUCAUCCACUCCAACUCUGUCGAGGAGAAGAUCCUGGACCGGGCACGGUUCAAGCUCGACAUGGAUGGCAAGAUUAUCCAGGCCGGACGGUUCGACAACAAGUCAUCCGAGACGGAUCGUGACGCCAUGUUGCGGACAUUGCUCGAAACGGCGGACAUGGCGGAGUCGGGUGAGCAGGAGGAAAUGGACGACGAGGAGCUCAACAUGAUCUUGGCGCGUGACGAGUCGGAGAUUGUCAAGUUCCAGGAGCUGGAUGAACAGCGGAUCAAUGACCCAACGUACGGAACAGCGCCGGGAUGCAAGGGCGUCCCUCGUCUGAUGGUGGAGAGCGAGCUGCCCGAGAUCUACAUGUCGGACGGCAACCCGGUCGAAGAGACAGACGAGACAGUGUUUGGUCGUGGAGCGCGCGAGCGGACCAAGGUCAGGUACGACGACGGCCUGACGGAAGAGCAGUGGCUUAUGGCGGUGGACGACGACGACGACUCACCAGAAGCUGCCGCGGCCCGGAAGCAGGCGCGCAAAGACAAGAGGGAGGCGAACCGGCUCAAGCGGCUGGCUACAUCCAACGGAUCGCUGGACAACUCUCCGUCAGCAAGCCGGGCGAGCACCGAGGAGCAGGAGACGCCGGUCAAGAAGCGCGGGCGCAAGCCCGGCAAGCAAGAGAAACGAAAGGCCGAAGAUGGUGAUGAUGAGCCGCCGGCCAAGAAGCGCAGAGGUCCCCAAGGCCGGCCAAAGGCGAUGUCGGGAUCAGGUGGGGGCAAGCAAGGGACGCCACAUCGCGACGUGCUGCAGAAGAGCCUCGGCCGCAUCUACGAGGGCUUGAUGGAGCUCGAGGUGGACGACUUGGAGCCCGAACCGGAAGCGAACGACGACGACGAUGAAGGACCGAUAAAGCGCCUCAUCAUCGGUCCCUUUGUCAAGCUCCCCCCAAAGCGCGAUUAUGCAGACUACUACGUCAUCAUCGCGAAGCCCAUCGCGAUGAAGCAGAUCGAGAGCAAGAUCAAAAAGGAGGAGUAUGGAAGCCUGAGCGACAUGCGCGCCGACAUCGAGCUGCUUUGCAACAAUUGUCGCCAGUACAACGAGGAUGGUAGCCUGCUCUACUCGGACGCGAAUACCAUUGAGGCAUCCUUCAACGAAAGAUUCAAGGCAGAGCUCAGCGCGCACCCCGAGCUGAUGGAGCUGGAGGAUCCUCGUGUCAAAGACAAGGAGGCAUCGGUGGCCCCCUCGGCAGGCACGGGCACGCCGCAGCCGUCGGCGGCGACACCCAGGAUUAAGAUAAUAGCCAACGGCGUCGGCCAGCCCAACGGGGUUACAAGUAAUGGUGUUGGUGCCGAGGAUGACUGA